CGGUGAUUGUAUGCGUGUGCGUGCACGGCCAUGCACAUGUUUUGCCUGUUCUGACGUCUGUGACGCGCGAUACCCCAAAUUCCACACCGGUGCGCCACGGGCGGGUGCCACUUGUUGGGAAUGUCGGGAAGAUUUUCAGUGUGCAUACGGCCGAGGUACUCGCACCCAGGUCGUGUGGCGUUUUGUCGUCAUCACAUCCACACAGUGCGUCGGGUCCUCGAAAACGACGGUACUAGUAUUGGUGGUUGCUUCGUACACUGAUCCGGAUUAUCGCGCGCGCUCACAGCACACCCGAGGGCCGUUAUGUUGACCAUGCCGUUUGCCAGUAGGCAGCGAGAGCUUGACCGUCUCAAACGAGUUUCCCGAGUCUCGACUUAGUGUGCGUGCGUGUGUGCUUGAUCGUGAUCGGGUAUAUCGGGUCCCUGCCGCAUCAUCCCACUGCAAUCGACUCCCUUCACUAGUCGUGCCACAGUCGCUCGCCAGUUCCCAGCCAGAGAACAAUCGAUUCCCUGGAGUGGGUCUACUUAUACGUGCGUAGAAGUAAGAUUGUACGGUGUUUAGACAUCUCGCAGACGAAGAGUCCCAAAGUCAUCGACAAAAAGUACCAUGGAACGACCCCUAAGACGCUACGUCAAGUCCCACGGGUAUGCAAUCGCCAUAUCUGCCCUGUUUUUCGGAUGCAUCUAUGUCGCCAGUAUUCUCAACAAAGAUCAGCUGAGUCGUACCGCAAGCGAAUACGCUUUCUUUCGCUCACGACCACUCGAACAGUUGAUCUUUUCGAUCGCAUGGAUCAUCGCGGGGUUGAUCUUCCUGCUGGGGUUGAUCUGCGAACGUAAGGAAACGAUCUUUCCGUUCUCCACCAUCUUUCUGGUCGAGUGGAGCCUCAUUCUGGUGCAGCUGGUCAGCAAGUUGGAGCAUCGUCAUCUGCUCGAGGUGUUACUAUCGGCCGAAGCAGCUGUGUUUCUACUGGUGCCGAUGUACGUGGGAUACACACUGGUCAUACUUUAUCGUGCGUUUGACAGCCAGUGCAAAGAUGAGGAAGAUAUUGAACAGCAGGCACGACGUCCGGUGAAGUUCUUUUUCGGUGAAGACCCCGACGAUACCUACAGCUAAAGAAGGAUGUCCAACCAAGUGAUUAGUUUUAAGGUUAAUUCUAAAAAGUAGAUCUACUUUAAUUUAUGAAUAGCGAAAGUGUGAUGUGUGAGGCAAGAAACAAAACAAGAAAUACUAAAAUUGUCCUGGUGAAAUACGACCUUUUU